UUCCCCCGCCUCCAUUUUGUUCGCGGACGCUGGGGACGGUGGGAGCGGAUCCAUUUCCGGGUUGGUAAAAGGGGCGGCGGCGAGAAAGAGAGCUUGCCGCGGGGCGAACAGGCAGGACUAAACCAGGACUGAAGUGACGGAGGAUUCGCUCCCGGAGCAGCCCCUGUCAGGUGGGAAAGACGCCGAGGCGGCUGAGCCCGCCGCUAAGGUAUAUGAAUGACCUAAAGCUGCAAAUAAAGACGGAGAGAGAACGGUGCCAACUGGAGCAGGGCAAGAAUGCCAAUUCCUCCUCCCCCUCCACCCCCGCCUGGCCCUCCCCCACCUCCCACAUUUAGUCAGGCAAACACAGAGCAGCCUAAACUCAGUAGAGAUGAGCAGCGGAAUCGAGGCGCCCUCUUACAAGACAUUUGCAAAGGGACCAAACUGAAGAAGGUGACCAACGUUAAUGAUCGGAGUGCUCCUGUCAUCGAGAAGCCCAAAGGGAGCAGUGGUGCCUACGGCCCUGGAGCUGCUGCUUUGCAGCCCAAAGGAGGUCUCUUUCAAGGAGGCGUGCCGAAGCUCCGACCCGUGGGAGCCAAGGAUGCUUCAGAGGCUCCAGCUGGUAAGCCAGCCCUGCAAGUUCCCAGUUCUCGUGCUGCCGCUCCAAGGCCUCCGGUGUCUGCAGCCAGUGGGCGUCCUCAUGAUGAUACGGACAGCAGCCGAGCCUCCCUCCCAGAACUGCCCCGGAUGCAGAGACCCUCCUUACCUGACCUCUCUCGGCCCAACACCACCAGUGGCACCGGAAUGAAGCACAGCUCCUCUGCACCUCCCCCACCACCUCCAGGGCGGCGUGCCAACGCGCCUCCUACCCCCCUGCCUCUGCACAGCAACAAAGCCCAAGCCUACAACAGGGAGAAACCGUUGCCUCCAACACCUGGACAGAGGCUGCACCCUGGACGAGAAGGACAUCCUGCUCCACCCACUGUAAAGCCACCUCCUUCCCCUGUGAACGUCAGAACAGGACCCAGCAGCCAGUCUCUGGCUCCUCCCCCACCGCCUUACCGCCAGCCUCCUGGGGUCCCCAAUGGGCCCUCAAGCCCCACUAAUGAGUCAGCCCCUGAGCUGCCACAGAGACAUAAUUCUUUGCAUAGGAAAACACCAGGGCCCGUCCGAGGCCUUGCACCUCCUCCACCCACCUCAGCCACCCCCUCUUUGUUGAGUAACAGGCCACCUCCCCCAGCCCGGGACCCUCCUAGUAGGGGAGCAGCUCCUCCGCCCCCACCGCCCAUGAUCCGAAAUGGUGCCAGGGAUGCCCCCCCUCCGCCCCCACCUUACCGGAUGCAUGGGUCAGAACCACCAAGCAGAGGAAAGCCCCCACCUCCGCCCUCCAGGACACCAGCUGGACCACCCCCACCUCCGCCACCACCCUUGCGGAAUGGCCAUAGAGAUUCCAUCACCACUGUCCGCUCCUUCUUGGACGAUUUUGAGUCCAAGUACUCCUUUCAUCCAGUGGAAGACUUCCCUGCUCCGGAAGAGUAUAAACAUCUUCAGAGAGUAUACCCCAGCAAAACAAACCGAGCUGCCCGUGGAGCCCCACCUCUGCCGCCCAUUCUUAGCUGAAGCCUGGCGUGGCCCUGCUCCUCAGGAAAAGGAUGGACCUCCUCUUCUCAGAUGGUCCCCCCACCCCUAACACCUGCAUGAGAGCUCCUACAGUGUUUCUCCAGUGCGGCCAACCCUAGACUCCGAGCGUCCUCCAGCCCAGCUCCGCCUGUGCCGCUCCUCUCUGGACGCGGGGAUUGGACUCUUUCCAUUGGCAGUCGGCUCUGCGCCCAUAGCCACCUUCUUCCAGCAAGCCCCGCUAGCCAGAGGAGGAGAAAGCUUCCACGUCUCCUGCUUCCUUCCAGGGAAAGGUGCCUUGUUAUGGUGAAUGGACUCACAUUGGGCAGGGUAGAAAAUGUAACCCCUGUCUCUGUUAUUCACCGAGGGCGAAGUGUGGUGUGUGCAUUAUAGCCCAUAGUUUAGGAGGUUGGUGUGGCCCGGGCUUCUGAGGAGAGGAUAGUCCAUGAUGCAGGAGGGGAUUUGCAGAGCAGUGAUCUGUUUUAAAGGUCAGGUUACAGAAAGGACAAGGAAGUGGGUCUUCUUCAUUUUACGAGGGUUUUGGUUUUGUUCUCAUCCCUCUUCCCCCAUCCCAAGCGAUGAGUUGUACAUACUGAGUACUAAUCAGUUAACUAAACAGUAAAAGCGCAUGAAGUAAAGGAAGAUCAUUUCAGAGCCAGUCAGCUCUGUGCAGUUAAGGGCUGGACUGUCCGAGCUCUGGGGCCUCCUGCCCCUUCCCCGGGGUGCUGGGCUCAAGGGUGUCCUUUCCCGAUCCCACAAGAGAAGAGUCACUCUUUGUUGAGGGCAUUAUCUCAAGUCACAGACCCACCCUACAGACUUCUUAUAAGACAUGAAAAGAUAGGGCCUUAACCACAACCUCCUGGUUGCUUCCAUUUUUUCUGAUUAACCCUGAAGUAGUCUGCAGCCUGAGUCCUUCAGCCCUUGGGGAGCGCUCCAGGGAGACUUAAGAAGGGAAUCAGGAAGUACUCACUUCAUGGUAAGGUCUUGGCUCUCCAGGGCCUGUAGGUCUUGACAGCCUGCUCAUCUGAGAAUCUCACAUCCAUCAGACUUCAGGCGCUUCCUGUUUUCUCCGUCACCCUCACCUCACUGAGACUGUAGGAUUUAAGGCCACAGAGUGGGAAAGGGAGCUUCAGGGGGAAACAGAGUCCUCUAAAGCAAGAAGCACAAAGACAUAGGGAGUCAUGCAUGCGGCCUCCGCCCAGGAGGCAGGCCUUCCCUGGCGGCCAGCAAUACAUUGUUUCUUUGUCUUCCAAGUUGUAGGUGAACAGCAUAGGAAGUGGAUCUUCCAACUGAGACUGGUCUGUGGGCCAGGGAGUGUCGUCCUACAGCAGUGUGGGGCACCUGGACUCCACACCCAGAAAAGCUGCUUUCCUACAGUCUUGACCUGGGCACAAGCUGCUCAAAUCUUGCGCGACUGUAGGAAACCUGGUUGUUCUUUGAGUUGGGUAGGGAAGCUAUUGAAAGACUUCCAGAUACACCUCGGGCUUAAACUGUCAUAGGGACUUUUCUGGUUUUUUCCUUCUUAUUUUUAUUCUUAUUUUUUUUCCCUUCCCCUGAGACAGGGUUUCUCUGUGCAUUCCUGGCUGUCCUGGAACUUAGAUCAGGCUGGCCUCAAACUCAGAGAUCCCCCUGCCUCUACCUCCCAGGUGCUGGGACUAAAGGUGUGUGCCACCACACCUGGCUCAUAGGGACCUUUCUAAUCUAGUGGAACAUAGGCUAAGGAUCUGUGUGUAAUGCCAGGUCAAACCCAAAUCUUCCAGGACUGGUGAAGGUGGACCUAACUUGCUUUAUUUAUUUAUUGUUACCCAUUGCCAGCUCCAGGACCACUUGGACUCAUGGGACAGGCAGUGGUUAGAGCGCAUCAGACUUUUAAUUGUUCACUAUUUAUCCUUCUUCUCAAAUCUGUUAGCAGUUAUGCUCCCAGCAUCCUGAAGUGAACAGAGCUAAGAAAGGGAGAAGAGCUGACACUUCGAGAGUCCAGGGUAGAUGCUGAUCGUUGAACUUGACUGUGAAGUCUUCCCAUUUGUUAUUGAAAUGGGAGCUGAUGCCUUUUGUACAAUGUUAUCAAAGUGUGAACAUUUUCCCUUACUGAAACACAGACCAUCAGAAAUAUAUACUCGUGUAUAUUUGUGUGUGUAUGUGUGUGUGUGACACACACACACAUACACACACACACAUAUUUGUAUACACACACAUACAUCUACUCACAAAUAAAGCCAAACCCCAGCUUUUUGCUGGGGCUGAUGGUAUCUUCCUCUACUCGACCUGCUGCCCUUUCUAUUCCCCAGAUUCAGACUGUGUCGUGUGGGUAUUGAUAUUUUCGUUGUCUUUGCCUGGUGGAACAACCACCAACAAAAGGCCUGGGUUUAGAUUUGAGUGAGUGAGUUUGCUCCUCCAGUUGAAGGAUCGCGUUGAUGACACGACACGUGACUUAAAUGUCUCUGCCUUAUUCAUCAUUUGGUCCUGCUGUUAAUAACAAAUUUAUUAUCAUGUAUAUUUGCUAUUGGAGAUGGGAAUGUGAUCCUCAAAAUUGGUCUUUUGUAUCGCAGGUUUAAGAUAGGCGGGCUGUGAGAACCCUGCCGAUUUCCCCCUUUAUGUCCCCUUGGGAAUGUCGUCUCUUCAGUGGAAGAUUGGGUGGUCUCAUGUUGAGGCUGUUAGUCCUUUUAAUUCCCUUGUCCCCUCCCAAAGGGGAGCAACGUUGUCCAGCUAGGCAGCCCGGAGCUUGGUCGCAGCUCCCAAGGUAUUUUUCCCUAAUGGGAAGCGCUUGAUCGCUGUUUCUUCCUGCCCUGCCUGAAGACAGGCAGUGGUUCCGAUUUUCAAGUGAGCCUGCCGCUCCUCUUCCCCUUUCUCCUGUCACCAAACCUGGACCAAAGUACUUCAUAUUCCAGGUGUGGUUUCCUCUCUCCUGGGACCUGCUGCAGCUGCAGAGCCCUGUCCUUCUCACAGCCUCGGCAACUUGUGUGAGCCGCUAGGGCCCUCCCAGCUGAUGGCUGUGAGGCAUGAGGUCCUCACCAGGAAUUCAUCCCUGCCCCCUUUCCUAGCGCCUGCAAAGAAACUAGUCACUGGCCAUUGCCCUGGGGGAAUCCCCUCACCCAGUGGCUUCCCUUCCCGGAUUUACCUCCAGGGAGAGGUGAGGGUGCGGGGAUAACUGUAAAUAGACUUGCUGCAGAGCAACUCAGGGUUGGGGUAUGUUUUAAUUCUCCUGAUCACUUGAAAAAUAAUCUGUAGGCUGAAUGCUUCUGGAGUGUGGGAGAAAUGUGACUCCAGGUCCUCACUUCUCUGAGGCUCUGGGGGUGGAGUGUAGGGGGCAGAGGCCCUUUGAUGGCAGGACUUCACUGUCUGUCCUUCUGGAAACCCAACCUGCCAUCAGCCGCAAAUCAGAUUCUUCACAUUCCAGGUGUACGCUUUCUUUUCCCUGUGACUCUCAGUCCCUAGCUGCGCGGUCAGAGGAACUCUGUUAAACCACCCAAAUUUAGGGAAUGAGAGGGAAGAGAGGAGGCCAUUAUAAUUCUGCCUUCAAGACUCAUUUCUUGAAAACAAGAUGGAAAAAAAAAAAGAUAAC